GGUCCUUGGGAACGAGAAUCCAUUUACAUAUUCACCCUACGUUUGAAGGCGUGUGUACCAGCAAAGAUUAGUGUGACAUACCUCCGCACUUUGGCAGUGGACUACUCUAACGGCACCUUCAGUCUCUGCGUUUUUGUAAUAGCACUACUUCUCCAGAGACAGGACUGAGAGGAAGAAAUAAAAAAGACGACUGAAAUAGUGAUGCCACCCAACAAGUACUCCUCCGCUAUCAUGGCGGAAAGUGACAAGAUGACUGCCACGGCUGCUGUGAAUGGUGACAUGUCAGUAGGAGAGGGAUUGUCAGAAAACGACAGCGGUCUGGAGAUGACCAAUGAGAACAGCCCGCUGACUGCGGCAGAGCCACCUUCACCUUUCUGCCCCAAACAGAACGGAGGCGCAGCCUCACCUGCAGAUGAGAGCGAGAACAGCAUCAGAAGAAAGAGAUCUCGUAAGCGCUCCGACACAGAGGAAGACAGCGCCUGGGAUUCCUCCUACAGUGAGGAAAAGGCUGACGUUGGGUCCGGUUGUGAGGCGAGUCUGCGGCAAAGGCCUCGUCCAAGGACUAUUUUUCAGGCAGGACUGACAGCUCACAGUAAACCCCGCAACAGAGAGGGGGGACAUAGCAAACAGGAUCACAACAACCUGGUUUCUAGUGUUCCUGAGGGUCCCGCACUAGAACUCAUGGAACAGGACUCUAAAGACUCCGCACAGAGCAGCACCACAUCCAUCUCGACAACUGACACAGUCAGCCAACCUGAGUACAAGGAUAAUAAAGGCUUUGGUAUUGGAGAGUUAGUCUGGGGCAAGAUAAAGGGCUUUUCUUGGUGGCCAGGGAUGGUGGUGACCUGGAGAGCAACAGGGAAGAGGCAGGCCUCCCACGGCAUGCGCUGGCUACAGUGGUUUGGCGAUGGGAAAUUCUCAGAGGUGUCUGCUGACAAACUCGACUCCAUCACAGCCUUCCCAAAGUUUUUCAACCAGUCAUCCUACACCAAGCUGGCCUCCUACCGCAGAGCGAUCUUCCAAGCCCUGGAGGUGGCUAGUAUACGAGCAGAGAAGACUUUUCCUCCAUGUGAGUCAGACAGUCUUGAAGAACAGAUAAAGCCCAUGCUCGACUGGGCUCAUAACGGCUUUCUGCCCAAAGGUCAGGAGGGCCUGAAACCCAGAGAGAACGCAGCUGAGUAUUGUGUUUUUCCCCUGGCCUCAGAGAGCUCAGCGCUGCUGGACUCCAGCCCUCCGGAGUUCCCCCCCUCUGCCAAGAGAGCUCGUCUCAGCCUCUGUAAGGCCAAACCUGGCACUGAGGACGUCUACAGCAGAGAACAAAUGGUCCAUGAAGUUUUGAAGAAUCACAGAAGUAUAGAAGAGUUCUGCCUCUCUUGUGGAAAGACGAGAGUGGCGACCUUUCACCCGCUGUUUGAAGGAGGCCUUUGCCUAACAUGCAAGGAUGUUUAUUUGGAAAUCUCCUACAUGUAUGAUGAUGAUGGCUACCAGUCGUACUGCACCGUGUGCUGUGGCGGCAGAGAGGUGCUGCUCUGUGGAAACGCCAACUGCUGCAGGUGUUUCUGUGUGGACUGUCUGGAUAUAUUAGUGGGAGCAGGAGCGGCCAACAGCGCUCGUGAUCUGGACCCAUGGCGCUGCUACAUGUGUCAGCCUCUGCAGCAGUACGGCGUGUUAAAGAAACGCCACGACUGGAGCCUGAAACUACAAGAGUUCUUCGUCAAUGACAAUGGACAGGAGUUUGAAAGUCCAAAGAUUUACCCUGCGGUCCCAGCAGAACAGAGACGUCCAAUCAGAGUCCUUUCACUGUUUGAUGGCAUUGCCACAGGUUAUCUAGUGCUUAGAGACUUGGGCUUUAAGGUUGAUGUGUACAUUGCAUCAGAAGUAUGUGAGGACUCCAUUUCAGUGGGAGUUGUCCGGCAUGAAGGAAAAAUCCAGUAUGUGCACGACGUACGCAACAUCACCAGAAAAAAUAUUGCUGAAUGGGGGCCGUUUGACUUGGUGAUUGGUGGAAGUCCCUGUAAUGACCUUUCGAUUGUUAACCCUGCCAGGAAAGGCUUGUACGAGGGGACUGGACGCCUGUUUUUUGAGUUCUACCGCCUCUUGAGUGAAGCCAAACCGAAGGAAGGGGAAGACCGACCUUUCUUCUGGAUGUUUGAGAAUGUGGUCGCCAUGAGCGUCAAUGAUAAGAGAGACAUCUCACGAUUCCUGGAGUGUAAUCCAGUGAUGAUUGACGCCAUUGAGGUAUCAGCUGCACACAGGGCACGUUAUUUCUGGGGAAACCUGCCAGGAAUGAAGAGACCGCUGUGUGCGUCUGGGAUGGAUAAAUUAGAGCUUCAGGACUGUUUGGAACAUGGCCGUGUUGCCAAGUUUGGUAAGGUACGCACCAUCACAACACGAUCCAACUCCAUCAAACAGGGCAAAGACCAACACUUCCCUGUCAUGAUGAACGGCAAAGAGGACAUCCUGUGGUGCACUGAGCUUGAGAGGAUUUUUGGCUUUCCUGUCCACUACACUGAUGUGUCCAACAUGGGCCGUGGCGCCAGACAGAAGCUACUGGGACGGUCUUGGAGUGUUCCUGUAAUCCGGCACCUGUUCGCCCCAUUGAAGGACUACUUUGCCUGUGAAUAACACAUGUAGUCCGUGAUCAGUUAGUCCAAAGUCACACAACAAACAUCGUAAAGUACAAAACCAAAUGUCCUCAAUAAGGAGCUCUUGGAGACUAGCUAACCUCCACAUUUACAAGACGAUCUCAGCUUUGCAAAGACAAGCUGAGACGUUGAGUUGACUUGAGGAUGUGGGUAGUCUUGACCAAACUCAAGGUAGACACUGUGUUGUGAUGCUUAGAGUGUCACUUAGUAAAAGCACAGUUAGCUUUUGUACUAGCCAUUUUUAUAUUGAUGUGCCUGUCAAGGUCUUUGAAACUGUCAGGAUUCAUCUCAACACAUGCAGGUAGAUUUUGUCCUUUAUUAUCAUGAGAAAAAAAAAACAUAACAUUGUCCAUGCUGCCUUAAAAUCAAAAAAAAAAAAAAAGUUCAAACAUUUUACAGCUUAUCUGGCUAAGGAAUGUACAAAUCUACAUAGAUUUUUUUAUUAUGUAAAAGAAUCAGUAUACUUGCAUGUGACGCAUUUCCAUGGUAUUGUUGGUGUGAGAAAAAUACUUGAAAUCUAUCAAUGCAAACGUACAAACACCAAGCUGUGAGCCCUUAGAAAAUGCAUUUCAAAAGAUGCGUGAAAAGAAUCGAUGCCCCGUUCGUGUUUCAUACAGUCUACAUUCCCUCUGUAACAUUGCACAAUAACAGUAUAACCAGAAGGUGUUUAUUAGCAGAACUCGAGGGCAUUAGCCUGCUAAACAUUACACGAUUGUUUUCUUGAUGAGUAAUUUGUGUCAAAUAAUUACUCAAGAUAGAGAUCCGUGUACUGUAUUUUAACCUUGUAAUGAAUGUUUACAAACUUUAACACAUUUCAACAUGUUUUUAAAGCUUUCUUAUUAUACCUUGAAUUUUGUUUUAGAUUGACCUCUAUAAAGAGGGACUGGUGUAGAUGUAAAAUGUUAGCUCUAUAUGGGUUUCUCUCAGAUAGAGGCUUUCAUUUGUCUUUAAGGACUGUUGUUUUUAUACUUGCUGUUGCUUCACACAAUAACAAACGCAUUGUAUCACGCAUUGUAGCUUAAAAUCGAUGCCUCAUCUGUCUAAAACACUUAAUGUGUGGUGCCUUUUGAAGAGAACAGAUACAGCCUGCCAUACAGGGAGGGGUUGCGAAGAAACUUUCUGCUUUUGUUCGAUAGACCUAAUGCUGUAACACAAACUUUUUUAUAUGCUGUUUUAUAUGUCUAAUUGUAUGCUUAAUGUAAACUACUGUCCAAACUUAAAGCUUGAAGACCAUAAAGUAGCCUUAAUACUUCAUAAGACAUUGAACAGAAUUAUCGUUGGAUACUGCAUGUAAAUUACACUCAUUUGUCCUGUACACAUCUUGACAGGCAAAAAUGUAUGUAAAACAGUGCAAAGAUGUGCUUACUGUCAUUUUAUUUUCUUAAAGGUUUGUUACUGUAGUGUAAACAGUUUUGAUAUCAUAGCCUUAAUAUUUUGCUUGGUAGAUCUUUAAAUUUGAUAUAUAAAGCUGUCUUUUUACUUGUUUAUUUGGUAACAUAAUGAACAUGUUAAUCUAUACCUUUGAACAUUAACAGUGCUUUUAUACAGUCGA